AUGGCUUCAAAUGACCAUAAAACGAAUAUUGAGCCAUCUGUUCAGUCUGAAGAUGACGGUCUCCCCCCUCCUCCCAAUGUACCCAAACUAUCCGACCGGUAUGCCGACGAGAGCUACAAACUCUUCCAAAAAUUGCAAGUAACAGACCCGACUCCGGAAGAAGCUCGAAAAAUUCGCAACAAAUGUCUGCGUCGGAUAUUGCCUUUUCUUUGUAUUGGGUAUCACCUAAUGUAUGUUGACAAGCAAACGUUGGGAAAUUCAGCAAUUCUCGGGAUUCUGAAAGACGCUAAUCUGAACUCUAAUCAGUACAAUUGGCUAUCUUCGAUCUUUUAUUUCGGUUAUCUCCUUGCAGAGUGGCCGCAGAACUGGGCUUUGCAGAGGUUCCCGGUAGGGAAAUGGCUAGCAGGUAACCUAGUAGUUUGGGGCGGUAUUACCCUUCUACAUGCCCCGUGUAAUAGCUUCGCCUCCCUCUUCGUGGUCCGUUUCCUACUAGGACUCUCCGAAGCUUGUAUCGUACCGGCAUUUUUACUCACCAUGUCAAUGUUCUUCACUUAUCAAGAGCAAGCCGUCUUGAUGCCGAUUAUGUGGUCGAUCGGCAACGCAAGCCCCAUUACAUCGGGAUUGCUGUCCUACGGCGUGCUUUGGAUUAAGACCGAUGGCUUUGCGCCGUGGAAGUGGUUCAUGGUGAUUACGGGCGGAAUUACAGUUAUUUUCGGCGGCAUCGUUUUUCUGCUUUUCCCAGAUAGUCCCGUGCAUGCUUCAUUCUUGACAAAUGAAGAGCGUGCGCAGGCUAUAUUGCGGAUUAAGGAGAACCAUUCUGGGAUUGAGCAGAAAACUUUCAAGAGAUACCAGUUCAUCGAGGCGAUCCAAGACCCGAAAACAUGGAUCUUCUUCUUGCACGCCUGGUCUCAAGAGAUGGCUAAUGGACUGACUAAUCAAUACUCACUAAUUAUCAACUCAUUCGGAUUUACGGUUCUCCAGACAACUUUACUUGGAACAGUCAGUGGUGCGGUUUCGUUCGUUUGUCUGAUAACUGCUGCGAUUGUGCUACAUAAGACUACGAAUGCUCGUGCUUGGAUUUCUUUAGCUUCUUAUAUCCCUGGCGCUUUGUCAAGUAUACUUCUUCUAAGUCUUCCAUGGUCAAAUCGUUGGGGACUCAUCACCGGCAUAUGGAUUCGAUCUACAACCGGCAUCGCGUAUGCGGUCGUUAUGAUAUGGGCCGCUAAUACCUCCGCCGGACAUACGAAAAAGACUACCACCAUAGCCCUGUACCAUAUUGGUUACGGAUUGGGUAAUAUCAUCUCUCCUCAGCUCUUCCGGCCGCAGUGGAAGCCACGGUAUAAACCAACCUGGAUUAUUCUACUUGUCGUCGCCGCAGUCCUCCCCUCUCUCUGCAUCAUAGCACUGCGAAUCAUCCUCGUCAAGGAAAACAAACGCCGCGACAAACUCCAAGCCGAGAUCGAUGUGCGCGAUGCCGGAAUUGUGGAAGAAGUCCACGAUAACGGUACGACGGUCACUCACGUUGUCGAUAGCAAUCAGCUGGAUUUGACGGAUAGGGAAAAUUUGACGUUUCGAUACGUUCUGUGA